AACCGACUUCCGCUUCCUGUUUACGGCCGGAGCGACGAGAGGAAACGAACGUCGAUAUGUUUGGGGAUUCGUGAGGCGAGGCGGGGGGGGGAGGGGCGCUCUCGACGCCGCCAUGAAGAAGUUUUUCCAGGAUAUCAAAGCGGAGCUGCAGUUCAAGGGAGCCGGGCCGGGCCAGAAGCUCAGCGAGUCGCCUAGAGAAAGAGCUCCCAAGGAGAAGCCGAAAGCUGACCCUCCUCCCAAGUGUCGCCAAGGGCCGACCAAUGAAGCUCAGAUGGCGGCGGCGGCAGCCCUGGCCCGGCUGGAGCAGAAGCCCAAACCUCGCCCCCCCUCAUCCCAAGACGCCAUCCGGAAUCAGGUGAAAAAGGAGCUUAUGGCUGAAGCAGCUGCAAGCGACAAAGGAGCCUCUGUGGAUCAGAAGGCUCGUGAGCUGGAUCAGGCCCAAUUGCCUUCUGGAUCUGGCCUGCAGACGGUCCAGGAAUCGCCGCGUGGAUCGCCAAAUUCUUUACCUGCUCUUCAAGAAGAAGAUCCCUCCAUGCUGUCCGUCUCAGGAGUCUACUUCACUUGCCCUUUAACUGGGGCCACCGUCCGGAAGGAUAAAAGAGAGGCGCAGAUCAAAAAGGCCAUCCUUGAGCAUGCUGCCCAAGACCCCGUGGCUGCUGCCGUCAUGGAAAUCCACACUUGCAACAGGGACCGGGAAAAGGUCAAACUCGGAGUGGAGACCAUUGCAAAGUACCUUGACAACAUCCACCUCCACCCAGAGGAAGAGAAGUACCGGAAAAUCAAGCUGCAGAACAAAGUGUUCCAGGAAAGGAUCCACUGCCUGGAGGGGACGCACAAGUUUUUCCAGGCCGUUGGGUUUGAAAAGGCCACCCUCAGCGUCCCGGGACAAGAAGAGGCCACAGAGGACUUCUAUGUCCUGAAGGAGGGGAAGCUGGGUGACCUGAAGGAGCACAAGGAGAAGCUUCUGAGCGGGGAGCCGCUCCGGGCCCAGCUGGACCGCCAGCUCCGCGUCUUCAAGCCGUCCCCCCAGGCCUCCCGCUUCGAGCUGCCAAGCGACUUCUUCAGCAUCACCGCUGAGGAGCUCAAGCGGGAACAGAGGCUCCGGACAGAAGCGGUUGAGAAGGCGUCGAUGCUGAGAACGAAGGCCAUGCGGGAGAAGGAGGAGCAGAGGGAGCUGAGGAAGUACAACUACGCCUUGCUGCGCAUCCGCUUCCCGGACGGGUACAUCUUACAAGGGACGUUCUACGCCCGGGAGCCCAUCUCGGCCCUUUACCAGUUUGUGCGAGAGACACUACAGAACAACUGGCUCCCCUUUGAGCUUCUGGCCCCCGGAGGCCACAAACUGACCGACGAGAGCAUGGCGCUCAAUGAAUGUGGCCUGGUGCCAUCUGCCCUUCUGACGUUCGUCUGGGAUGCCGACGUCAUGGCGGAUAUCAAGGCUUCCGGCGGGGAGCGCAUGGAGAGCGUUCUGAAGCCGGACCUCCUGCUGGCCGUGCAGACCCUGUCCUGAAAAUAAAAGCAAUCCGGGAUUAGAUCCAGCCCCGUCCCUCGUGGUCCCCUUCUCCCGUGUUUCUUACGGACGCUGCUUCGGACACUGCAGUAACUCCCUGUCUUGUGAACACUAAAUGGGGGCGGAAAUAGGGAGCGGGGAGGCUGCUAUUUUUCCCUAGUGCGUGUUAGGGCCCUGGAAUCAGAGUAGCUGUGGCCAGAGCAGUUGCCUCGCCGGGCAGUAGCGCAUGGAGGACUUGGAACUGGUUCAAAACGAGUUGGAUCCAGAGAGAUAUUUUUACAGGGCUGCUUAUUUUUUGUCUUCUAUUUAUAACCUUCCCUCGGAGGGGUCCUAACCUCUUUCUAGCCUCAAAACGAAGCUUCUUGCUGGGGAAAAACAAGGAUCAAAACACUACCCUGCCCUGGCGACACGAAUCGGCUUGUUCCGAGGGGCCAAGAGCGCUUCCUUUUUGCUUCCGUUCCACAAACCUUGUUCCUCCCCGAUCCCAGGCUAGGAAGAAGCUUUUUUUUUUGUUUCGUUUUUGGUCUGUAACUGAGUCAGCCUAAAGGCAGGAGAAGCUGUUGGCUUUAUUAAAGGAAGAUAUGCUGCCACAA